AUGCCAGACUCUACGCUCUAUCUGUAUACCUCCCUGACAGCGGGGUCAUCGCAUAUUGUCACCGCCACCGCUCGAAUUGAAACCAUCCUCAAAGCCAACAAGCUUCCCUUCCGCGCCAUUGAUGUCGCCACUGACGAAGCUGCCCGCAAGCUCUGGGGUCGUCGCUCCAGAGGCAAGAAGCUCCCUGGCCUAGUGAAAUACGGUGAUAUCGUGGGCGACCUAGAGGAAGUUGAAGAAUGGAACGAAUUCGGUGAACUUCGAAUGGUCAUUAAUGCCGUCCAAGAUAUGGGCGGCAUGCCAGCCACAAGCAACCCUCUUCCUGCCGAGACCAAGACCGAGCCCCAAACGACCACCCCCAAGCCCUCUACAAUCAAAAUCCAAACCCCGCCCGCGACCAAGGAUGAAGACAAGAAGGACGAGACGACGGUGCUAGCUCUGCGCCAGGCUAGUACCGAGGCCGCCUCCAAGGCGAAAGCCAAGGCCGAUGAUAAGAAGGAGCCCGCAAAGGAGGCUGCAAAGGACACCGAGGAGGUGCCUCUCGCCAGCCGUGCCCACCGCACUUCGGUCGCUUGCGAACUACCAGAUACUGCGCCCGAUUCCCCCAAGGCAGCGAAACGCCCGACUCUAGUGCCCGAGAACGCAGCCAUGUCGUCUGCGAAUUUCCACGUGGACAAUGCUGAGAUGCUCGGCUUGGUUGGCCAUCACCGUGGGUCUCGAGUGCCGACUCUGGAUAAUCCGGAUCAGGACGAGGCUGUCCACGAGUUGAGGAAAUCCAUCUCCCAAGAUUCCACCACUGAUCUUGAUGCCAUUCGCAAGGAAGCCGCACAGAAGGCGCAGGCUGGAUCGCCCAUUGAAGAAGUACCAACUCCUCUGGUGGAUGAUGCGGUUGUUCCCGAGAGCAAGGAAGAGCUCAUGGAACCUAAUGAGCCCAAGGGCCAGGCUAUUGCGGAAAUCAUUGCCAAGGCCGUUCAGGAACCCCAGGAAGCGCAGGAGGAGAUCAAGAAGACCCAGGAGGCUGUUGAAGCUAGCUCGCCAAAGGGUACGGGGGCGAAGGAUGGUAAGGAAAACACAGACCCUCUUCAGGCGCAGAUUCCCAAGUCAGCGGAAUAG